UCAUCUAGCCUUUGUUGUCCAUUCACUCUCGUCUCCACAUAAUAGUUAAUUCCAUCUUCACUACCUCCAUACACUUCUCCAACCGGCCGCGUGUUAGUCCGUACUCCUUUAUUUAGUCCGCCUCCAGCGUCUUUCGUCGCCGAACACCACAUUCCUCUAAUCUCCCCUCAACAUGGCUACUCACGUUAUGACCGCGACAACCACUCCCAUCAACCAGAUCUCCGUCUACGGCCACCCUUCUCCCAUGAACUCUGGUUCCACCACUCCCUCCAACAACUCCCCCACCUCUCCUCGCCAGCAGUAUCUCCCUCUGCAGAACCGCCAGCUGCGCCCUCCAAAGGCGCCGCUCUAUGUUCCUGCAGCUCUGCGCCCGACCGAGCGGCCCUCGAAGCCCUCGCCCCCCACUCCCCCCCGCAGCGUGCAUGGCUCUCUCGACAGCCUGAACGACGGCGAGACUGGUGAAACUGCGCCUCGUCGCACGACUAUGGAGAGCUUCAGCAGCGGUGGUGGAAUCAGCAAGAUGGCUGAGAACGAAUGGAUGAAAAAUGAACAGCUUGGUGAGGUUACCGGCCUCCCAACCAGAGAUCACUGGAAGGCGGACUCUGCUUCUCGCAGCUGUGACUCCCCUACCUGUCGCUCCUCCUUUGGUCUCUUCCUUCGGCGUCACCACUGCCGUCACUGCGGCCACGUCUUCUGUUCUUCCCACACUCCCCAUGCCGUCCCCCUCGACCAGGAGGCUCGUUUCCACCCCGAGGGUGUUCUUUCUCGAACCUGCGAUCUCUGCUGGAGUGCUUACCAGCGUUGGGAUGAGGCACGUGCCGACCGACUGAACAAGAUCCAAGACCAGAUCGACGCUCAAGAUGACGACUCGAGCAACGGCGGAGCCAGCCCUACUGGUUCUGUUGCUGCCUCCUUAGCUGAGAGUCGCAAGAAGCCUUCGACCCAGAGCGGCGAAAUCGCUGCCAGCGUUCCUCGCGGCUGGAACUGGAGCACCUUCUAAGCGAUCAAUCUCGCCUACCGUUCACCUUGAACUUUCUUAUGAGCUCUCACAUUGACUGAUGAGACGCCUCUACUACAACUUCUUCACUUCGACACACCGCAUAUUUUAGAACAUCUUAGCCGUUUCCGCUGAGCUUUUCCGUUUUCGUCAUCUACCUGGAGUUCGAUCGGUGUCUUGCGACGUUUGCGAUUUGCAUUCUCAAUUUUCGUCAAUUUUCGUCAAUUCUCGUCCAUGGACGAUCUUAAUGCUGCGAUA